GUGUCGUAGUUGAUACGUACCCUCUCGCGACCAAGUCCGUCUGAAACCCCCCUUCCCGCCUAACUUUCGCACGCCGUAAACCCCUCUUCGGUGAUUCUGAAUCCUAGUAACUGCCAGCAUCUGUGCGAAACACAUUGUUAAUUGGCGAGAGCCGCGGGGCAUAAGUUGCUGGAUUACAAGUUCAACAGCAUAGGAUACGGGUUCUCUUCGUCUGUCGAAUAUUCGUCGUUUGCAGAUAACCGCGGACGAUGUCUAGAUUUGUUCGUGCAUCUAAGUAUCGCCAUGUCUUCGGACAGGCAGCAAAGAAAGAACAUGGAUAUGACAACGUGAAGGUCUCCGGCAGCGCAUGGGAUACGAAUCUUGUCUCUGCCUCUGGGCGAUACAUCAGCGUUAACUGGAAUGCAUCUGGAGGUGGCGCAUUUGCAAUACUUCCCCUCCCCUCCCCUUUUGCAGCUGUCCCAAAUUUCCCGCACAAGCUUCCUGAUGUUAUUCCCCUCGCGCGCAGUCACACCGCCCCCGUCCUCGACACCGAUUGGUCCCCACACAACGACUCUAUCGUUGCCUCUGGCGGUGAAGAUGGAAAGGUCAUGAUCUGGAAGGUCGAGUCUUCCGCUUUUGAAGACUGGGGCCAGGAUCAUUGGGUACCGGAAGACUUUGACCCUGUCGCCCGGAUCGAUGCAUCACCACGCAAGAUCGGCCAGGUUCUCUUCCAUCCAACCGCGUCUAACGUCCUCGCCAGUGCUUCCAGCGAACACACAGUUAAACUUUGGGAUCUUGCUGAUACUGAUCGCCCACGUUCUGUUCUCACCGGACACAGCGAUACCAUUCAAUGUCUCGCCUUCAAUCCUACCGGUACGCUCAUGGCGACCACCUGUAGAGACAAAAAACUUCGUCUAUUUGAUCCUCGUACUGGAGGCGAAGCUGUUCGCAUCACUGAGGCACAUGGCGGUAUCAAGGGCGCUCGUGUUGUGUGGAUGGGCGAUCUUGACAAGAUUGCGACUACUGGUUUUAGCAAGAUGAGUGAUCGUCAAGUCUCCAUCUGGGAAGCUGGAGGUCUUGGAAGUGUCAAGACGAUAACUAUCGAUCAGUCUGCUGGGGUCGUCAUGCCUUUCUGGAGUGACAAUGGCAUUCUUUUCCUUGCUGGCAAAGGCGAUGGAAAUAUCCGGUAUUACGAGUACGAAAGUGACUCGCUAUUCGCACUAGCAGAGCACAAAUCUCCGGAUCCCCAGCGAGGAAUCUGUUUCCUCCCUCGUCGUGCCCUUAACGUGUCGGAUUGCGAGAUUGCCCGUGCGUACAAGGUGUCAGGCUCAUCCGUGGAACCCAUCGCUUUCAUUGUGCCUCGCAAAGCAGACUCAUUCCAAUCCGACAUUUACCCAGCUGCGGCCUCGUCAGAGUCUUCUCUCUCAGCAAGCGAGUUUUUUGCCGGAAAGACUGCUCCAUUAAAGCUCGUUAGUCUCGAGAAUGGUGCUGUGUUCAAUGGUGCACAGUCGACAUCCACACCCUCGGCGCCUGCUCCUGCACAGACACAUGCGCCCGCAUCCACUGCGUUCAGUGCACCUCCGCCUGUCACUAAAGCUGUUACCAUGCCUACACAUGUGCCACAGACACCAGUCCUGUUGAGAUCCGAGUCGGCGCCAGUGCCUCGACCCGCCUCACCUAUCUCAGAGUCUCCGGUUAUCCUUACUCCGCCAACGCAAGUUGAUGAUGAAGGCAAGACCACUGUGUUAGAAGCUGAAGUCGAUCGGCUCAAUAGUGAGCUCCGCGCAGCACGAGAAAAGAUUCGCAAUAUGGAGUUACAGGUCGAGGGCCUGAAAGCGAAUGCAAGAAAGGCAGCUCAGGCUUUGAUGGAAGCGUGAGGACCAGGUUUGUGAGACUCAGGCCGCAGUGGCUGUAAAGUAAAACAGUACCUGAUGAGACUAGAGGUGCUUUUGGUGUAGAUUGAUGAUCGUGUACAUAGUCAUUAUAUCUUGUAUAACCUGCAUUUCAAUGGACGUUGGAUUCUUUUAUCUACCAA